GAGAUUGGAGACUAUCUUAGAGUGGAAAGUGCAGGCGAGCUAAGCUGGAUGACUGCCAGCUAUGGCCUCACGCUUGGGAUGUUCCUCAUCGCUUCUGGUAGACUGGGAGAUCUAUAUGGACCGAAACUCUUAUGGCUACUUGGAACUGGGUUGAUGGCUAUAUUCAAUCUCGGAACUGGCUUUUGCCAAUCCCGCAUUCCCUUUGACCUGUGUCGGGCUCUUGCAGGGAUAGGCGCAGCCCUAGCAGUCCCGAAUGCCGUGGCUAUCCUCGGACGGACAUACCCGCCAGGUUCCACUCGUUCCCUCAUCUUUGCCAUCUUUGGUGCCUUGGCGCCUGUAGGCUUCAUGGUAGGCGGUGCCGUUGCAGCCUUGUUGGCACAAACAACCUCGGUGAUUUGGAUCUGGUUCUUCACUGCGAUCCUCGCGGCUGUCAUCCUUGUGCUCGGUAUCUUUGUUCUACCGCCUGAUGCCAAUCUCGCACCCGCAUCGGCGAGGCGAUCCUUUGACUACGUCGGUACUCUUUUACUUAUCGUCGCCUUGGGAUUGUUCAAUUUCACCUGGAAUCAAGGUCCAGUAGUCGCUUGGUCAGCGCCAUACGUCUGGAGUCUCCUCUUGGUAUCCAUGCUGGCUUUUGUGGCACUUUACUUUUGGGAAAAGAGACUGGGUACCCACGCGUUGAUCCCCACCGAGGUACUGUCAAGAACGAGUCUCUUGGUCUAUCUGUGUCUUUGGCUGGGUUGGAUGAGCUUCGGAGUGUUCUUGUUCUAUACUACUUUGUUCAUUCGCAACGUGCGAGGAGUUGACACGGCCCUCGGUCUCACCGCUCAGCUGAUCCCAGUUACGCCUACUGGCGUGAUCUGUGCUCUUGCCGUACCCACUCUACUCACUCGCUUCCCGGGCCACCAGAUCUUCUUCGUCUCCAUGGUAGCUUUCCUGGUCGGAGACGUCAUGGGAGCUGUGGCGCCUGUCCAUGGCUACUGGAGUGUUACCUUCCCAAGUCUGAUCUUGGUCAUUCUAGGUCCAGACUUGAGCUACUCCACAGGCCAGUUAAUUGUCAGCAACUCGGUAGACAGGCAGUUCCAAGGAACAGCCGGAGGAAUCGUCAGUAUGAUCACAAACUAUUCUCUAAGCAUCGGCCUCGGAAUGGCAGGGACAGUGGAAGCUUAUGUCGUCCCCAAUGGGCCGGUGCUCAAAGGGUACAGAACUGCGUUUUACUUUGGCUCUGGCCUUGCGGCUUUAGCUGUGGUCGUCGUGGGGCUGUUCGUCAGAAUGCCCAAGAUGACCCAGUACCGGGAAUAACCAGACACACGACGCUUAGGGUUGACAAGGACGAUCUAUG